CCACUGACGAUAGGUAUAGGCAGGUCGUCAAACAUACCGUCAUAAAGAUAACGCUCUAACGUGGAGAGGCGUAAAGCUCUCAUCCGCCGAAUACAACACAACGCACAAUAGACUGCAGUGGCAGCAAACUGCCAUCAGUGGCAAUAUACUUGUCGUGUAGUAGUGCGCGAUUUGUCACACGACUAAUACAGACUAUACGGUGAUUGUAUUGUUUAAUAUAGGCACUAAACAGAAUUCACGAUGGUUAACAUAGCAAGCGUGGGCACGGUAGUCAUCAAAGUCGUAAAAUUGGUGUUGAACAUAAUCAUUUUGGUUCUGUACCGGACCGGAUAUCGAGGAGGAUUUUUGGGGGUCGGCGGCACAUGGAACUUGAACGAAGAGAAAAACCCGGAUGCGGAAAUCGUCGCUUCUGGCAUUUUCGUUGGUUUUUUCAUAUACACUGUCGUGAUACUCAUUUCGUAUGGAUUCGGGUCCAACCACCAGAAGAAAACGCUAGUGGAUAUCAUAAUGAAUUUCGUCGGCAUGUUUAUGUUUAUCGCCGUCGGUGGUAUAGCGCUCCAUUAUUGGAUUGGUUAUCAGAACGAAAAUAAAUACAUCAGCGUGACUUCCGAACGUGCCAUAGGUAUCACGGUGGGCGUGCUGUGCGUUCUUUCCGGUGCCGUUUACCUGGUGGACACCGUACUGUCGUUUAUACAUUUUGCGAGAGAAAUGGAAUUUGAUUAACAGUGACUGCGACAAAUUUAAGUUAAUUAAAAUAUAGUUACUUUAUACAUAUGUUUGACGAUUUUGCUCUUCAAUUGGCACAAUUAAUAAAACACAUAAACAUAAUAA